CACUCUGAUCUAUGGCUCAUUGUCAUACCCAUGGUCAGCCGCUCCUUUAUUAUUGUGUGUGCAUUAUUAUCUUUCUGAUUUGCAUCAGCGCAACUGCCAAACCAGAAUGGCAUAUAACAAGAUUCAGCUGCCCAGCUUCAGGAAACUGGCUAAAUCAUGGCGGUGAUAUAUACAACCGCAGAUAUGCCUGCGGCGAGAACAAGAUUAGCCCUUCAACUGUGUCUAAGCUAAAGUUGAAAUGGGAAUUUUAUGCAGGCAAAGACAUAUCAGCGACGCCUGCAAUAUUGAAAGGGGUGGUGUAUUUCCCAAGCUGGAAUGGGUAUCUCUAUGCAGUGAAUGCAAGUGAUGGGUCUCUGUUGUGGGAGAGGAACCUUCAAAAGCUAACUGGCCUUAAUGCAACUGUACGUACUGGUAAUGUGACUGCAAUUGUUUCCAGAUCAACCCCUUCCAUUGUUGGUGAGACACUAAUCAUAGGGAUUUAUGGUCCGGCUGUUGUGAUUGGUGUCAAACGAGCAACUGGAGAUCUCUUAUGGAUGACCCUCCUUGACAGGCAUCCUGCAGGUCUCAUUACAAUGUCUGGAACAUAUUACAAUGGGGCUUUCUAUGUUGGAACAUCUUCACUGGAAGAAGGUUCAAGUAAAGCACAUUGUUGCACCUUCCGUGGCAGGUUUGCCAAGUUAGAUGUGUGGACAGGCAAAGUUUUGUGGCAAACCUUUAUGCUGCCAGACAACAAAGGCAAAAGAGGAGAAUAUGCUGGAGCAGCUAUAUGGGGAAGUAGCCCUUCUAUAGAUGCUCAUAGAGGCCACGUUUAUAUUGCCACUGGAAACCUAUACUCAGCACCAAAACACGUCCUCAAAUGUCAGGAAAAACAGAACAAUAAAACUACUACUCCUACUACUUCAGACAAGUGUGUUGAGCCUGAAAACCAUUCAGACUCAAUACUGGCAUUGGAUUUGGAUACUGGUAAAAUCAAGUGGUUUAGACAACUUGGGGGCUAUGAUGUGUUCUUCAUUGCGUGCAUUAAUUCAUCUUCUACUCCAAAUUGCCCUCCUGGGCCAAACCCAGAUGCAGAUUUUGGAGAAGCACCAAUGAUGCUAAGUGUAGUGGUGAAUGGAAGUACACGCGACAUUGUUGUGGCUGUCCAAAAAAGUGGAUUUGCUUGGGCCUUGGAUCGUGAUAAUGGAGAAAUGGUGUGGUAUACUGAAGCUGGUCCUGGAGGUUUUGUUGGUGGUGGAACUUGGGGAGCAGCCACAGACAAUGAAAGGGUGUAUACAAGCAUUGCAAAUAGCAACAGGUUAAACUUCACACUUUUACCCUCCAAGAACGUGACCAUUGGUGGUGGGUGGGUGGCCAUGGAUGCACAAACAGGGAAAAUACUGUGGUCAACAGCAGUUCCAGAUACUGGCUUGUCAAACCCUGUGACUGUUGCCAAUGGAGUCCUGUUUGCUGGCUCAGUACAUCCAAGAGGGCCGGUUUUCGCCAUUAAUGCGAAGACGGGAGAAAUACUAUGGUCAUAUUACACUGGGGCGACUGUGUAUGGAGGCAUGUCAGUGAGCAAUGGAUGUGUGUAUGUUGGUAAUGGAUAUCGGGUUUCUAUCGGAGCAGGAAUUCCAAUCUUCACAGGAGGAACCUCCCUCUUUGCAUUCUGUCUGGAAUAAUAAUAAGCUCUUUUGUUGUUCUGUGCUUGAAUUGAUACUUUAUGGAUGUAAUAAUUAAUGUAUGUAAAAGCU